UUACAUCCUAUAUUGCGUUUUCUUCAAAGCACCUAAUGGCUUGGAGAAAUCUAGAGAUAGUCAUUGAGCAUGCUAAGGAACUAGAGAGUGUACAUUUGUUUCAAAGCCUGAAGCCUUACCCGGUCGUUUGCAUUUGCGAUGACGAAGGUAAUUCCUACUAUGAAUCAGAGAAAAAAAAACCUGUUGACCUCACCGGUCGUUCAAACCCUGAGUGGGGAGCCCUCUUUGAUUUCGACAUAAACAUUGUUGAGGCCCAGCGGAGGCGGCUUUAUUUGAUUGUUAGGCUCGAAUCUCACCGCAAUGUUGCCUGUCUUAGCAGCAAAUUUAUUGGUGAAGUUCGUGUUGGCCUUGAAGAACUGCUUAAUGAUUUUGGAGAUGCUGAUGACAAGAAAUUAGUCACACGAAGUGUUCUAAACAAGAAGAGGCAGGCCCAAGGGAGACUAACUUUUUCGUACAAGUUCGGAAGAACUCUCGAUCGUCCACCUACAGCUCUUCCUCAACCUGAUAAUGGAAAUCCGGUGGCCCAGAUUCCGCAAAGGCGUAACAGCAACGGUCACCCAAUUGUUAGGGGAGUUGUAGGGGGAGUGACGAGUGGGUUGGUCACUGCUCUGGCAGAAAUUAUUUCGAAUGAAGCCUUAGAUGGCUAGAAAGUCUUCAGGCUAAGUUUGUGAGUACCUUAAUGGCUUGUUUGUAAGUACCCUAGAUUUUCUUUUCUGCUGUGAUGGUUUCUGCUGUUUUAGUGUUUGUAGCUGUUUUUGGUUCUUUGUACGAACUAUCAAUGAAGUUGC